GGGUGCGAAUUUUUUCAAAUGAAAAAAAGCAUGCUAUUUUCGGCUGUGCGCACCGGGGCGAGGGAAAGGAGAUGGUUAAGAUGUUUCCCAGCGUAUUCGUUCCUGUUGCCAACGAGACAUACAGUUUUUUAGGUGUCCAUGCCGCGACGGCCCCGUUGAAUGUGACCCUGUUGGUGACCGAUGGCGAUCAAUUUGAAGCGUACGAGUGCGCCAGCCGGAUGGAGCUCGACAGGCUGUUUGCGCUGAACGACGCAGCAAUCGGCGGCGAAAACGAAAUCGACGCGUUUCUUGCCAAGCUCGCAGAUCUACACGACGUUAUUUUGCGCAGAGAGCCCGGGUUCGUGACCCUCUGUAAGCCGGAUCUCGAAUUCCGGUUUCCGUUGACGCGCUUGGCACACGAUAAGCUAUCGUCGGCUCGAAAACAGUUUCUUGGCCAUGUGGCGCGGCUGGGCGCGCUCGAGUCGAGUCUCGUUGCCAGCCUUGCUCACGAGCUCAACAAAAAAAACCAAAUCAUCCUGAAACUCGCUGCCUCCAUCGCACAGGACUAUCUGGGCAACACCCUGGAGCAGGACGAGGCUAUUUUGCAGAGCGACGAGAUCCAGCGUCUCUUUCUACAGACUGGCACGCUACGCAACUCGCUCGGUACAUCGUCCAGACAAAUAAAGGACGAGACUGUGUCAAACUUCAAGCAGUCCACCAUGUCAUCGGCACAGGCCCUGAAAAAUCUAUUUCUAGCGCACGCAGAGCUGGAGCCUGCUAACCCGACCAAACGCCGCAAGCCGAACGUCCAGACGACGGUCCCCGAAACCAGCCCGAAAAAACGACUUCGAGACCACAGUUACAACUUCCCAAUCAAACAGAGAAGAACCCGCUAAUCUAUUGUACUAUAUAUACAUCAUGCCAUCUGUGCCGUCUUGCGCCACGCAUCAAUGACCAUCUUUAAUGCCCCCUUCUGCUCGCUACUGCGCUUCUUAUACAGCCCCUCCAACACGAUGAUCCAGAACUCGAUAAACUCGGACAGCUGCUCGCCCGACUGAGGCUUGCUGGAAUAUUCUGCUAUGCUAUGCUUGUCUUUGAGUAACUUUAGCGGAUUGAUACCGACGUUGCGGAAGUAGUUCCCAAAGGUGGACACGCUGUAGUGUUUCAGUGUGUAGCAACAGUCUCGCAACGAAUGCUGUUUCGAAGGGUCGUAGUCUAUCAUGUCGAAAUCGUCUCCAAAUUCCUGUCUUAGUACGUGCUCUAUCGCCUCCACGACAAGAGUGUGUACCUGCGAGUAGACAUUGUCCGCCGCGACCUGUCUGUCGUCCCUCUCCACUUCGAGCUCCAUCACGUCGCCAUUGACCCGCGAGAACUCUGCUACCAGACGGUCAAUGAUCGUUUGCAAGGUCAUGUCUUUACGGUAGGACACAGUAAGCACGCCAUGGGCCAGAGCCUUGACACACAGGUUUUUGUCGUUGGAAAAAAGCACAACCAUGUUCUCUGACCCGAAAAAUAGACAGGCGUCCAGGAUAGCGUCGUCCUGGACGGCUUCGCGGUCAAUUCUCUCGUGUAGUCGCUGAACCCGCAAGAUAUGGUCGUUGUUGUGCAGAAACCCGUAGAUCCAGUCGAUGGCCCUGCGCGCUGCCCCAGAGACGUGGGAGUCGGAUGAUUUGAGCCCGUCAAGCUCC